AUGUGGGGACAGAAUCGGGCUGUUGGGACACCUUUGACUUGUUUCUUGCUCCUGGUGACUCUGGUCGACGCUCACCCAUUCCUGAACCAGAGCACAGCCUCCCAGUUCCUGAUCCGGCACAGACGAGCCAACUCCCUGUUCGAGGAGAGCAAGAAGGGCAACCUGGAGAGGGAGUGCAUCGAGGAGCUGUGCAACAAAGAGGAGGCGAGAGAGAUCUUCGAGAACGAGCCAGAGACGGAGUAUUUCUACCCUAAAUAUGUCGUGUGUUUGGGUUCGCACCGUGUUGGCAUCAACAACCAGAACUCAGACUCAAACAUCCCAUUGGACCUUCGGACCUGCGUAAAAGAGAUCAGUAACCAGUGCACACCGUUCCCGUGCAGUAAGGACGGUUCGGAGCGCUGCGUAGACGGCCAGGCCUCCUUCACGUGUGUCUGUAAGCCUGGCUGGAAGGGACGGCGCUGCGAGGACGACAUCGACGAAUGUUCGGAUCCCGAAUUUCCGGCAGGAUGCAACCAAAAGUGUCACAACUUCCCUGGUAGUUUUCGCUGCAUGUGUGAAGAUGGCUACUUCCUCAAUGACAACAUCAACUGUGUUGAUAUCAAUGAAUGCUUGUUGUACCCUAGUCUCUGUGAAGAACCAGCUAAAUGUGUCAACAUACCAGGGAUGUAUGAGUGCAGGUGCCCUCAGGGAUUUAAAUACAACUUCACCUCCAAGUCCUGUGAUGAUGUGGAUGAGUGUGGGACACAUGUGUGUGAAGGAACUUGUCAUAACACAGUGGGUACUUUUACGUGCCACUGUGAUGGUCGUGAGGGUGUUCGUCUGGCAGCAGAUGGUCAAAACUGUGAAAGUAUCCCCGUUUGCGUGAAGCUGGAUGACUACAAACACCCGGAGAUGCUUUAUCUAGGGGAGCAGUUUGCAGGACUUCCUGUCAUCUACCUGCUCUUCCGCCUGCCGGAGAAUACAAAGUUUUCAGCUGAAUUUGACUUCCGGACAUUCGACCCAGAGGGGGUUGUUUUGUAUGCAGAGUCUUCCCAGAACUCAUGGUUUAUGUUGGGGCUGAGAGCUGGUUGCAUUGAAGUCCAGUUCAAAAAUCAGCACACGUUCCAGGUUACGAACGGAAGAAAACCCAUCAAUGAUGGGCAAUGGCACGUGAUCUCUGUGGAUGAGCUGGAAAGCAGCAUCAGUGUGAAGAUCAGUAAAGAGGCGGUGAUGAGCAUCAACAGCCCUGAGAGUCUCUUCACUUCGGUUAACGGCAAAUUGGAGACUAAAGUCUACAUCGCCGGUCUUCCGAACCGCACUGACAACAUCAUCAAGCCUAUCAAUCCUCGACUUGACGGCUGCAUUCGGGGCUGGAACCUGAUGAACCAAGGGGCGUCAGGGGUGAAGGAGGUCAUCCAGGAGAAGAAGAGCAAACACUGCUUCGUGCAUGUGGAGCGAGGAUCGUUCUUCUCCGGGGCCGGACUGGCACACUUCCACGUAGACUACAGUGAUUCUGGGAGCUGGUUUGUGGAUGUAAUGAUGAACAUCCGUCCCUCCAGCAGCUCAGGUGUCCUCUUUGCUCUUGUCUACAACAACAGCGUCCCCCUGUCGGUUGCCGUGGUAACACAGGGGGAAGAAGAUGCGAACCUGCAAGUAUUUUUGGAUGGUGUCACCGUGGCGACGCUGGACUCACUGAUGCUCUGUUACCCUGACCGGCUCACUGUGCACUUGAACGUGACACCGACAGGAAUUCAGAUCUCAGCUAACUCCUCCACCGUGUCCUACAUGAAGUCGGAUGACCUGCAGGAGGCACUGGAGCACCUCAAUGCCACCAUGCAGAAACCAGUCAGCACUUACAUCGGUGGGAUACCAGAUGCCGUCCCGUUACCUGCCACCCCCGUGUCGGCCUUCUACCACGGCUGCAUGGACGUCACCAUCAACGGCCAGCAGCUGGACUUUGACGAAGCUCUCAGCAAACACAACAGCAUAAAGUCUCAUUCCUGUCCUCCUGUCUUAACACGCGAGACUCACCCUGAUGGACUGAACCAACACAGGAAGUGACUCAAAUUAAAAUGAAACCAGCCCUUAAAUUAGGCAGCAUCCCACUUAUGUUACCUGUUGGCGUAUC